AUGAAGACCCUUACCCUACUCCCUGGCCUUAUUAUUGCCGCCGCCGCUCUUCCAUAUAAGAACUUCGACCUUCAGUCCAGCCUCCUCACCGACCCAACAAAGCUAGCUGGUACAACGUUCGACUAUGUUAUUGCUGGCGGAGGCUUGACUGGGUUGACUGUCGCGGCCCGACUCACUGAAAACCCCAACAUCACCGUUCUUGUUAUAGAAAGCGGCUUUUACGAAUCGAACAAAGGCCCUAUCAUCGAAAACCUUAACGACUACGGUGGUGCAUUUGGUACUUCCGCCGACCACAGUUUCGAAACGGUCACGCUUGCCAUUCAUAACCGGACUGAGCUCAUUCGGUCAGGAAACGGGCUGGGAGGAUCAACCUUGGUGAACGGAGGCUCCUGGACCCGCCCACAUAAAGCGCAGCUUGACUCUUGGGAAAGCGUAUUCGGCAUGGAAGGAUGGAACUGGGACAGUCUGCUUCCGUACAUGAAGAAGAUUGAAAACUCUCGUCCCCCAACCUCUGAGCAGAUUGCUGCCGGACACCACUUUGAUGCCAGCUGCCAUGGUAUGAAUGGCACCGUUCAUGUUGGUUCCCGAGACACAGGAGAGAGCUUCUCGCCAAUGAUCAGAAGUCUCAUGAAUACUGGAGAGGCUAUGGGUGUUCCUGUUCAAAAGGACCUGGGCUGUGGUAUUCCUCACGGUAUCUCAAUGAUUCUCAACACUCUGCACGAGGAUCAAACUCGGUCGGAUGCUGCUCGCGAAUGGCUCCUUCCAAACUACAAGCGGACCAACCUGAAAGUCUUGACUGGUCAGAUGGUUGGACGUGUGUUGUUCAACAACGACUCAUCCAUUCCCAAAGCCACUGGCGUUAACUUUGGAACCCACAGGAAUGUCAAUUUUGAUGUCUAUGCUCGGCAGGAGGUCCUUUUGGCCGCCGGCUCUACUGUCUCCCCCCAAAUCCUUGAGCACUCUGGCAUUGGUUUAAAGUCUACCCUCGACAAUGUCGGCAUCGAACAGCUUGUUGACCUGCCAGUUGGUCUCAACCUUCAAGACCAAACUACCACGACUGUCAGAUCAAGUAUCAAAUCAAGUGGUGAGGGGCAGGGCCAGGCUGCCUAUUUUGCGACCUUCAAUGAGACUUUUGGUGACGAGGCCCCUCGUGCGCAUAAUCUUCUGAACACAAAAUUGGAAGUUUGGGCCAAGGACGUUGUGGCUCGCGGCGGUUUCCACAAUGAGUCAGCGCUCCUCAUUCAAUAUCAGAAUUACCGUGACUGGAUUGUCAGCACAGAUGUCUCCUUUUCCGAGAUCUUCCUUGAUACGGCUGGUAAAUUGAGCUUCGAUCUUUGGGACCUCCUCCCGUUCACCCGCGGAUAUGUGCACAUCAUGGACAGUGACCCCUAUCUGCGUCGCUUUGCAUAUGACCCCCAGUACUUCCUGAAUGAGCUUGACUUGCUCGGUCAAGCCGCAGCCUCAAAGCUGGCUCGUGAUCUUUCCAACGCAGGAGAAAUGACCCAGUACUUCGACGGCGAGACUAUUCCUGGAAACAAUCUGGCCUAUAACGCUACCCUCGACGACUGGGUGGACUAUGUCAAGCAGAACUUCCGUGCCAACUAUCAUGGCGUCGGUACAUGUUCUAUGAUGACCAAAGAGCUUGGUGGUGUCGUGGAUGCAACGGCUCGUGUUUAUGACGUUGAAGGUCUUCGUGUAAUCGAUGGAUCAAUUCCUCCAACUCAGUUGUCUUCUCAUGUUAUGACUGUCUUUUAUGGAAUGGCCGAGAAGAUCUCCGAGGCUAUCCUUUCUGACUAUCAUGCCCAGUCUGAGUGA